CAGGACAAACACCAAGAAUCACGAACAGUAGCAGUUACUUUAUAUUUGCGAUUGACUCUCGACCAGAGUCUGUGUGUGUGUGUGUGUGUUAACUUGCGAAUUUUAACCCGUUUGUAAUCAAAAUUUGCCUGUUUCGACGGUGAGUGUUUUAUUGUGGGUCCUAGUGUUGUGAUUGGCAAUCGGCAGAUUCGUUCAACGUUAGUGAGUUCAACGUUGAAAAUGUUUCAUAGCUCAAGCCCCGCGAGGAUAUCUGGCUUCCCUGUGUGAACAAAAAAAGUCGAGCGUGUUAUCGAAUCGGAUUACGAAUUAUCCCAGCAAGUUCUAGUGAUGGCGGUCAUUUGGCAUAUGCGAAUUUGAGGUCGCUAGUUGUUCGAUUAAACUGUACGCACGUGCAUUGGCGUGCUCAGUCGUGUUCUAUCUCAGGAGUUCACCACCGUCGUUUGGAUAGAAAGUAGUUUCGGUGAUAUGCUCACAGUCGAAACGGACCUGCGGUUGCAUUUUCGGUUUUUGUGGUGAAGCAUAUUCUAAUCAUAAUAUCUACCUCGUUUUUCGGCUUUUUUGGGCUCGAUAUAUAUGAUCUGUUCACCGAAUCGUAACGACCAAAGGAAAAACUAACCAUGGCUCGUACUAAGCAGACAGCCCGUAAGUCAACUGGAGGAAAAGCUCCUCGCAAGCAGCUUGCCACCAAGGCUGCCCGUAAAUCAGCGCCGUCCACCGGUGGCGUGAAGAAACCCCAUCGUUAUAGGCCAGGUACUGUGGCUCUUCGUGAAAUCCGUCGUUAUCAGAAAUCAACGGAGUUGUUGAUUCGCAAACUGCCGUUCCAGCGUCUGGUCCGUGAGAUUGCCCAGGAUUUCAAGACUGAUCUCCGUUUCCAGUCAGCGGCUAUUGGCGCUCUUCAGGAGGCCUCUGAGGCUUAUCUUGUCGGUCUCUUCGAAGACACAAACUUGUGCGCCAUCCACGCCAAGCGUGUCACAAUUAUGCCAAAAGACAUCCAGCUGGCUCGUCGUAUUCGCGGUGAACGUGCUUAAGAAGCUGUCGUUAACGUGUGGCACUACCAGUAACACACAAUACAACAGCAACCAAUAACAUAAAAAUAAAACAACAAAAAAUUACAUUUAAUACCUAAUAUAAAACUACAAAAACAAGCUAUAAAAAUGCAAAUGAAAAGACCUUCGUUCUCUUUGUCACACACACACAAACUUCCUGCGGCAAACGUCUUAAACUUCUAUAAGGUGUGUUGUGCCGUAUGUAACGUGCCUAUGUACGUCAAACGCACUUUACAUUUAUUGGCUAGGGGUAGAAGUAAAUUUGCUCUUCCACCUUGGCAACACAUGGUACUUGGCGUCGUUGCUAGGGGUGCCUGCGUGGGUUGUCAAAGCGGGAGCAGGCAAACGAUCGGGCUUCAAUAUCGGAUGGUGGAUGUGAUUAUUAUUGUUAGAUAGAGUCAACUGUGGUUAUAAUUUUUCUCUGGUUGCAUACGGGAUCGGAUCAUCGCACGACGAAGGAGGUUAUCCAGUCUAACUCUGUUUCCUACAUACUGGUUCUGCUGGAGUUGUUGUUAUCGUUUUUGACUGAAUCCUGAUCUCGGUAUCCAUCUUUACCGCUCCUUUAGCGCGCGUUCCCACUUUCCGUUACAUCCUCCCAUUCGAAAGAGCCUGAAGCGUUUGCAACAGACAAUGUUUGUGCGUGUGCCAAAAGGAGCAGAGGUCCUUCCAUUUGAAUUUUUAUAUCUUAUGUUUGUAGUUUUAUAUCAUUUUUUACAUUAUUAUAAAAACACAUAAUGCAUAAAC